CUAUAAAAUUACAAAAAACAGUGAAAAAUGUCAAUCACAGUUUCCUCAUCACUGCGUGGGUGACGUCUAAGAAUUUUUAUUUUUUUUUGUCUGACAAACAGUCUAAUACCCAAAGAUCUUCAGUUUAAUAUAAUAUAAAACAAAGUAAGACCCGCAAAUUCUCACAUUUGAGAAGUUGGAACCAGCAAAUGUUUGGCAUUUUUGCUUGAAAAAUAACUUAAAGGACAAAAUAGUCAAUCAACUAACCGAUUAAACGACACAUGUUUGAUGAAUCAAUUAAUGAAAAAAUUAACAAUGAAAAUAAUUAACAAAUUUCUUUUUUUUUAAGCAAAGUUGAAAAACAAAACUGAAACAAAACAAAAUUGUGAGCCUUUGUGGUGUCUCUCUGUCAUGUAAAUUUAAUAUUCAGGGGGUUUUGGACUGUUGGUCAGACUUAAAAAGCAAUUUGAAGACAUCGUCUCCAACUCUGGAAAGUUGUGAAGGGUGUUUUAGAGACAUUUUAGAGACAAAUCGAUUCAUUUAUAAUAGAGAUCUAUCAAUAAAAGUAAUUAGUUGUAGACUGCCCAGUCUGUAUGAUAAUCGUAAAACGUUUUUGCUGCAAAGAUAGUGCUAGUUAGUGCUGAAACCAUUAGUAAAUGUAGCCUAUUGAUUAGUUGAUCGCCAAAACGUCAACAAAAACUUUGAUUAUAGAUGAAAUCUUUCUUUUUUUGAGCAAAAAUGUCAAAUAUUCUGGUUCCAGCUUCCCCAUUGUGAUGCUUUUCUGUUUUUAUAUCAUUGUAAAUUUAAAACUAUAUGUUUUGGACUGUUGAUCCUUCAAUUUAUAGACGCCACCUCAAGCUCUUGGAAAUCGUGAUGGAAAUGUGACUCUUUUACAUUUUCUAGAGCAAACGAUUGAUGACCAAAAUUCAGCGGUAUUGUUUCUGAGCUACAAAUGCAUCCUGAAGACACCGAGAUUGCCAUCUUUACAAACAGAGCAUUGGUUUGUUUAGGACUUUACUGCACUGCAAAACAACACAUGUGCUAAAGCAUGUAUGGCAUUCUGGAUAUUUGCGUCUCCAGAAUGUGUCUUCACAGCAUGACAGGCUAGCCGAUGUUGUGGGUGCACGGCGAGCAGGAGAGGAGCUCUUUCAGUCCUUCCGCGAACCCGCUGCCAAACUCCACUUCCUCCCCCGUCCAUGCUCCCGCCGCGAGGCCAGCCAGCCGAAUGGAGGACGAGCCUGCCAGGCUGCCUGCGCACCUGCGUUUGCAGCCAGUCUUUUGGAGCAGGGAGGAUGUGGCCCAGUGGCUGCGAUGGGCCGAGAAGGAGUUUGCCCUGCGGCCGAUCACCAGCGGCUCUUUCCAGAUGAAUGGCAAAGCUCUGCUGCUGCUCACCAAGGAGGACUUCCGCUACCGAUCCCCUCACUCCGGGGACGUCCUGUAUGAGCUACUGCAGCACAUCCUGAAGCAGAGGAAGCCCCACGUGUUUUACCCGUCUGCCUACUUUCCUGGGAACUCCUUCCACUCGCUGCCUGAAAGCGCUGUGCAGCACCUGAAGCUUGAAGAAACGGUACGGCGGGCACCACGUGGUACAGAGCCACUCCCCCAGCAUCCACCAACCAUUGAGCUGCGGCACCGCUCCCGCUCCCCCCACCAUCCAACCACCAGACGAUCCCCUCCGGAGCCAAACCACCCCCGCCCAGCCAAUGAGGACCCCCUCCAUGCCUUCUCCCAGCUGCCAGACAGCAACCACCACCUGCCUGAGGAAAUGUACCCUCUGUCGGUGUCCCCGGCUGCACCGAACGGCCGCUGUGCAACGCCCCGGGAAGCCCCAUGCCCAGGCAGCCCUGGGGGCCAGGAGGCGGGCCCUCCUCGCGUCAUCCAGCUCAUGCCGAGCGCCAUCAUGAACCCCUUGCUCCUCAGCCCGAGCAGGAGCGGCGGGGGUGCCGCCAUGGACUUCAGGCACAGCCGCGUUGGACCCCCGUCUCAGGUGACGCUCGAGAACGGGCGUGAGGGGAAAGCCCACGCCCACCACCAUCAGAUACCACUGUCCCAGCAGCAGCAGCAGCAACAGCAGCAUCUACUGCAGCAGCAGGAGGAGGCGCUCUACAGGAACCACGUCAUCAUGCCCGUGUCUCCUCCAGAGGAGCAACAAAUACCCAUCGGACGGAUAGCAGACUGCAGGCUGCUGUGGGACUAUGUCUACCAACUCCUGUCAGACAGCAGGUACGAGAACUACAUCCGCUGGGAGGAUACAGAGAGCAAAGUCUUCCGCAUCAUGGACCCCAACGGCCUGGCCAGGCUCUGGGGCAAUCACAAGAACAGGACCAAUAUGACGUAUGAGAAGAUGUCGCGAGCACUGAGACACUACUACAAACUGAACAUUAUCAGGAAAGAGCCCGGACAAAGACUUCUGUUCAGGUUCAUGAAAACUCCCGAUGAGAUAAUGAACGGACAGGCGGACCGGCUGGAGCACCUGGAGUCCGACACAGACGAACAAAUCUACAUCAAAGAGGAAUGCUAAGGAACUCUGGGAAAAACGAGUCCAUGAACUAUUUACUACUACAGCCGCUGAUGCCUUUCAGAAGCAGCCUGAACAAUCGUUGUUGAAUCUGGAGCGCGUGGACGUUCUCUCGUAUCAGUCCUACACAGACGAACAUGAAAUCUGAUCUCUCUUAAGAUUGCCUUAGGAUGAAAUUUUCCUGAAGUAAAAAGAAAAAAAACAGCAUCAGUUGUUUUGAUUUUCCUGAUGGACCGAGCUGAAAGGACUUUCUAAGUGUUCUCUUUUUAUUUCUGAAUGAACUGCAAAAGCCAAUCACUUUGUGCUUAUGUCACUUUUAUGAUUUUUUUUUUUUGGUCUCCUCACAUGCAUUAUACUGUGGAGUUUUGCUGUUUGUAAAAAGAAAGUUGGGUGUGUGUGUGUGUGUGUGUGUCUGACAGGAAUGUUUUCACCAUGGAAUAAACAUUUUUGAUCAAACUGUA